UUUUAACGAAUACACCGAAAUAUAAGCAUUAAGAUUAACGGUUUAUUGAAAAGCAUCAUCAUUAGUUAUUUUAGGAGAACAAAUUGAACAAAAACAAGUGCAAAGGAUAUUAAGGUUACCAUGUCAUCAAGAUUGACUUUUCUAAAAUGCAAACACAUAAGAUUGUAUUCAACAAAACAAAAGAUGAUAGUUGCAGAAGAUGUGGAUGAGUUAAUUUUAAAUAAUGAACUUAAACAUAGACAACAUCCUGGAGUAUCUAAUCCGAAGGUAGUAGAAAAACCUAGUUGGCUUUUAGAUUCGAUUAAAGAACUUGUACAAGACCAAAAGCUUUCACCAAAGCAACUUCAAUUGAGUGCAAAGAGAUUAACAUCAUAUUUACAUGAAAGACAACUUCCAAAAGAAGCAGAUGAAAUUCAAUUAAAGUUACAAGAUAUUAAAUCAAAUAUACAAUCUAGUAGCAUGGAUGAUGUGAAGGAUAUGGUAGAUACUAAAGAAGUCAAUGUUGAUUUGUUCAAAAAUCGUGAAGCUUUAAAACAAUUUAAAAGUUUUAUUAAUAGUUGGAAACCAGUUAAUUACGAUAUGUUUACAAGUAUAGUAUAUUUAGUUGGCAGAAGUCUACCUGACUAUAGUGUUUUAUAUAAAAUUUUUAACGAAAUAAAUACUCAUGAUCAGAGUUUUAGCCCUAAAACACUAUUUGACUUUGGUUCCGGAAUUGGAACAGUUAUGUGGGCAGCAUCUGAAUUUUGGAACAAAUCUAUUAAAGAGUAUUACUGUGUAGACAUUUCACCUGAUAUGAACAAGUGCUCUGAAUACCUUAUAAAAAAGGCCAUACCAAAAAUUAAUACAAAUCACGUUUUUUAUCGGCAAUUUCUCCCUGCAUCUCCCAUUCCAACUUAUGAUAUUGUAGUAAGUGCAUAUUCCUUAUCAGAAUUACCAAAUCAAAAAUCUCGUCUUGAAGUCAUUUCAAAAUUAUGGAAUAAAACAGAUCAUUAUUUAGUCAUUAUAGAACAGGGAACAAUAUAUGGAUUUAGGAUAAUUAAUGAAGCUCGAGAAUUCAUACUUAAAUAUGGAAGAAAAAAUAAAGCACAUGCAUUUUCUCCUUGCCCCCAUGACUUACAAUGUCCCAUUCAUAUGUCAGGUGACUGUAUUCCCUGCAGUUUUGAAAUUAAGUAUUUAUCAUUGCCUUUAGGUCAAAAGUCUUCAUAUAAACGCGAGAUGUAUUCAUAUAUAAUACUUAAAAAAGAUAAGCGUUCAGAAAAUGAUAAUCAAUGGCCACGGAUAAUUAGACCAAUACUGAAACGUUCCAAACAUGUUAUAUGUCGUAUGUGCACGGCUUCCGGCAAGUUUGAGGAACAGAUUUUUACGAAAUGGAAAAAUGGAAGAAACACAUAUCGUUGUGCAAGGUCUAGCCACUGGGGCGAUCGUUUACCUUUCAAGUGGGAAGAGAUGAACGAAAACAGAGAACCAGAAGAAUUAGAAGAAUCAGAAGAAUCAGAAGAAUUAGAAGAAUCGGAAGAAUUAGAAGAAUCGGGAGAAUUAAAAAAAUCAGAAGAAUUAGAUGAAUCGGGAGAAUUAGAAAAAGCCAAAUAAAAGACUGUACAUAUAAAUUGUAAUAUAAUAAAAAAAUAUAUAAUUUUA